AUGAGCGAGGUGACGAAACCAAAAGUCUUCUUCGUUCUUGGCGGUCCAGGCUCCGGCAAGGGCACAGUCUGUGCCUCGCUUGUGCAGGAGUUUGGGCUUACUCACUUUAGCGCCGGCGAUCUCCUCCGCGAGGCAAGCAAUAACGGUACAAGCGGCGUGGGGAAAAAAAUUUCGGAGAUACUCAAGGCGGGGAAUAUUGUGCCCUCAGAGAUCACGGUUGAACUCCUCUCGAAUGCCAUUGCAAACCACCCAAACCAGCGCGGGUACAUCAUUGACGGCUUCCCCCGCAAGAUGGACCAGGCACUCAUGUUUGAAGAGGGCAUUGCUCCCGCGAAAGGCAUAUUCUACUUUGAUUGCUCCGAGGAAACGAUGGCGGCACGGGUGGAGCACCGCGCCAAAGAGGGCUCAGGACGGGAGGACGACGAAAUGGAGGUUCUUCGUCACCGCUUUCGCACCAAUGUGGAGCACUGCAUGCCGGUAGUGGAGCGCUACAAGCGCGAGGGCCGUCUCCACACCAUAGACGCCAACGGAAGCCGAGAGCAAGUCUACGAUAACGUGAAGCAGCUUAUGCUUCAGCUUGGUGAGGAACCUCUGCAAAAAUGA